UCUUUCUUGUUUGGUCUCUCUGUGUUUCCUGUUAGUGUAGUCAAAUUUAGUCGCCUCUCAUCUCCUGUCCUUUUCAUUGUUUUGAUUUUAUCGUUUUUUACUCGCCCUUUUUCUUUUCUUUCCUAUCGCUUCUGUCCAAACGUUAAUCUGUGUUUCUUUAACUGUUUCUUGUGUGGGUUUACACUUUCCAUUUCUCGUACCCUUGUUUUGAUAAAAAUUCAAUCUCUUAAGCUUCACGGCUACUCUAUUUUUUCAUUUUUUUUUCUUGCGACUUCUUAGUGGUUUCUUUUUUUGUUCACGCUAUCCGUAGAAUUGUCUUGUUUUCUUCUCGCAGGUUUUCUUUUUCUUCUUCUUCUUCAUUUUUCCACCGCUUGGCACUUAUGCUUUUCUGGUUCCUUUUUCUCUCUCUUGUUUCUUAUCGGGGUCUAAAUUUCCUUGUUCUUGUUCAAGGCUCAGUUUUUCUUCUUGGGUUCCUUGUCUCUCUUUGAAGACAAGUUAAAUGUGAGGAAAAGAUUGCAGUUUGAUACAACAAAUUAUAGGAUAACUGGAAGAGUUUUGUUUUGGUAAUAUAAAACCUAGAAAUGAAGUGUUUCUCUAUCUUCAUCAAGGACAAAUCGAAGAACAAGAAAAGAGAAUCAAGAGCUGCUCAUGAAUUGAGGAACCAAAGUAAAUCGGAUAAUUCAGCCUUGAGUCAGACAUCAAGAUCUUUGCCAUCUCCAAGGCGCAUACAAGAGUUGUACAAAGAAAAGGAACAUAAUUUGAGAGUUUUCUCUUUACAAGAGUUGAGGGAUGCAACAGAUGGUUUCAAUAGGAUGCUAAAGAUUGGAGAGGGUGGUUUUGGGAGUGUUUAUAAGGGAACAAUUAGGCCUCUCAAUGGUCAAGCUGAUCCUUUAGUUGUUGCUAUCAAGAGGCUCAACACGCAGGGUUUACAGGGUCAUAAGGAAUGGCUUGCAGAGGUUCAGUUUCUUGGUGUUGUUAAUCAUCCAAACCUAGUAAAACUGUUAGGAUAUUGUUGUGUAGAUGGAGAAAGAGGGAUCCAAAGACUGCUGGUCUAUGAAUUCAUGCCUAACCGGAGCUUAGAAGAUCAUCUUUUUAGCAGGGCAUUCACUUUGCCUUGGAAAACAAGAUUGGAGAUUAUGCUUGGUGCAGCAGAAGGACUGGCUUAUCUACAUGAGGGAUUGGAAGUCAAGGUGAUAUAUCGAGAUUUUAAAUCCUCAAAUGUGCUCCUGGAUGAAAAUUUUAAGCCAAAGCUCUCAGACUUUGGGCUUGCAAGGGAAGGGCCAACAGGCGAUCAUACUCAUGUAUCCACAGCGGUGGUUGGAACAUAUGGAUAUGCUGCCCCUGAAUAUGUUGAAACAGGCCAUCUCACAAUCCAAAGUGAUAUAUGGACUUUCGGGGUCGUACUUUAUGAGAUCCUCACUGGGAGGCGAACACUGGAAAGAAACCGCCCAACAUCGGAGCAGAAGCUUCUAGACUUGGUGAAACAGUUCCCUCCCGAUAGUAAACGAUUCAAAAUGAUAAUAGACCCUCGACUUACAAACAGUUACUCUUUCAAUGCAGCUCAAAAAGUUGGAAAGUUGGCUAAUAGCUGCGUAAACAAAAAUGCCAAGGAAAGACCAACAAUGAGCCAAGUUGUAGAAUGCUUGAAGGCAGCAAUACGAGAAUCAGAAGAUGGUAGCUCUUCUGUUACAUCUUCAUCUAGAAUGCGCAGCCGAAGAUCAAAUAAGGUUUGAACUGUGAAUUCUUAGAUGUUAAAUGUAAAAUGAGAUGCCCCUUGGAUUGUGCAGCUUAAGUUCAAUCCAAAGGCGAGUUCAAGGAUAAUGGAUCCUUCGAGAGGACGCUCAAAUUUGCAAAACUUUGUUCUUAGCAUACAUUUUUUUUCCUACUUUAUACAAUAGCAAGAUUUUUGAAAUCAAGAAUGCUUGUAAAUUAAUAAUAGCUAUUGUAAGUUCUUAUCCAAUAAAUUGCUUAAAAAAA